UAUGAAACGUUUUGUUGAGCAAGAUAAUUUGUGAUGCAAAACGUAAAUAGUGGUGUGACUCACUAACCAAUACACGUAAAUAAUAUAAAUAAAAUCAUGGCAGAUAACGAGCAAAAAGCUCGUCAGUUAGUUGGUGAGGCCGAGAAGAAAGAGAAGUCUGCUCAAGGAUUUUUGGGAUCAUUGUUUGGCUCAUCUAGCAAAACAGAAGAAGCUUGUGAGCUUUAUGUGAGAGCAGCAAAUUCAUUUAAAAUGAGUAAAAAGUGGGCAGAGGCAGGACAGUGUUUUUGUAAGGCAGCUGUAAUACAGAUUAAGCUACAAAGCAAACAUCAAGCUGCCUCAGAAUAUGUGAAUGCCUCUACCUGUUAUAAAAAAGGAGAUCCUAACGAGGCUGUGAAUUGUUUACUUAAGGCCAUAGAAAUAUUUACAGACAUGGGUAGAUUUUCAAUAGCAGCAAAACAUCACAUGUCUGUUGCAGAAAUAUAUGAAACAGAAUUAGUUGAUAUAGAUAAGGCAAUAACAAAUUAUGAACAAGCUGCUGAUUACUUUAAAGGAGAAGAAUCUAACAGCUCAGCAAAUAAAUGUUAUUUGAAAGUCGCACACUUUUCUGCACAGUUAGAAAAUUAUGAGAAGGCAAUCGAGCUGUAUGAACAGAUUGCCAUUUCCUGUAUGGAUAAUCAGUUACUGAAAUAUAGUGCUAAGGAUCAUUUCUUUAAAGCUCUGUUAUGUCACUUGUGUGUAGAUCUAUUGAAUGGUCAGCAGGCUGCACAGAAAUAUGUGGAGAUGUUUCCACAGUUUGCCGAUUCUAGAGAAUAUAAAUUAGUAAAGAAAUUAAUGGAAGCAGUGGAAGAAGAAAAUGCUGAUACUUUUACAGAUGCUGUUAAAGAGUAUGAUAGUAUUUCACGAUUAGAUCAGUGGACUACAACAAUAUUACUAAGGAUCAAGAAAAAUGUCAGUGAUGAAGACUUGCGUUAAUUUAUAUCAUUACUUUAUUUCAUUAAUCAUUUGUGAAAUUACGUUAAUUCUUUUGUUAUAAUGAUGUAUACAUAAAUGUUUGACCUAAUGUAACUUAGUGAUUAUAAUGAAAAGUUAUUUAUUACUGGUCUUUUGAUUUAUUAUUUGUUUGAAAAAUUAUGAAAUGCAUGCAAACACUCAAAUUAAGGUUGUAUGGGAGUACGAUCAAAUGAUAGAUUUUUUUAUACUUUGCCAAAAUGAAGUAAACAUGGUGAUACAUUUUAAAAUGUAAUGAAAAAUCCAUGUAGAUUUGUACAGUUCUGAGUUACCUCACUUAAUAUGCAAAGUUCUUUUAACAAGUAACACUCCUGCAUCCAUAUUAUCUGACUUUAUAACGAAAUUUUAGAAUAUUGUGUUCAGCUUUUUUACAAUUCAAGAUGGCAGAAAACUCCCAUACUACCGUAAAAAGACACACAUGAAUUAUUUAUAUCAACGUAUAUUCUGCCUUCAUGUUAAAGGGGCACUAGAUGUUAAAUUCAUGUUCACCAAUUUGACCUUAAUUCUCAUAUUUGAUUUACAACAAUGUAAAACAUUUAUCCAAACUAUCAAAAGUCUAAA